AUGUAUUCAUCUACUCCUAAGCAGAAAGAGCCACUCCUUCCUGAGAAACAUGCCAACGAGCCUGAACCUGUAAACUCAAUAUCCAACGCAGCUAUCAAAGCUAUUGCGGUCCUGCGCAUUGGACUUGGAGUAACCUGCUUAGUUGCGCCACACUUCGGUGGUACGUUAUUCGAGAUGGACGUACCAGCAGCUUAUAGUUCAUUGACCCGAAUGUUCGGUGGUAGGGAUCUUGUGCUAGGAGUAUUGCUUUUGACUGCUGGAGACAACAAACUGCCAGAUGGCGGCAGGCACGAAAUCAGAAGGGCCUUGUGGUCUGGUAUAGCAACGGACGUAAUCGAUAUUUAUAGUGGCCUCAUUGAAUUUGCGACUGGUACGUCUAGUGGUGCUUCUGCUGCUUACUUUGUGUUUAGUGGUAGUGUAGCUGCAAUCAUAGGAACUGUGGAUUUGCGUCACCUUUGA